AUGCUGUCCCAACGGAUUCUGGCUCGCCGCCUGCCUCAAGUUGUCGCCCGCAGCACCAUUGCUCCUCGCGCAUCCUUCUCCCAGAUCCCAGCUCUCCGUGCUGCUGAUGUGGAGGAUCCCUUCCAGAAUGGCAACUACCAGAACCCUCCCCGCGUGAAGCGUCAGUUCAGAGAUCCUUAUGGCGGAUGGUGGGACAAGCAAGAGAAGCGCAACUUCGGCGAGCCUGUCCAUGAGGACAACGAAAUUCUCGGUGUCUUCAGUCCCGAGCAAUACUCUCAUGUCAGCUCCCGCCGGGCUUUCCGUCACCUCGGAGUGUUCGUGGCAACUUUCCUUAGCCUGUGCGGUGUUGUCAGCCUCUACUACCCCGACAAGCCCAGCGUUCCCAAGGUCUACGUCGACGGACUGGAGAAGGAGUUGGGCGGUGCGAACGCUGUCCCGGCCCGCAAGUCCGGCGAGGACAAGUGGUAG